UAAUAACUUGUACAUCUUUUGAUAAUGCAGUUCCUCUCCAGAGAGAUAUUUGUUCUAUCAUGACAUGUCACAACUGUCACUGCAGUGCAGUCCCUGUUUUCAGUACCUACUCCGGGGCACGUAGGAGUUGCUCUAAGAUGCUGUUUCACUGUUGUUGCCAACAGUGAUGAUGUCUGGAUGAUUGGAACCUUGCUAUUCCUUAUAACUUGAUGGAGUGGAAGUGGGGUUUUUUGCUAGAGUGACAUCUGUUGGAGCUGAGCUGCAUCCUUCUUAAGGCAGAAAAACCAUGUUUUCAGUGAAAAAAGAGCCUGCACACACACACAAAAGGGAGGCUAUUGAGCAUGACUCAAAGCCUUCAUGUCUUGUGUUAUUGAAAAGUCUUUUCUGGGCAAGGAGUGAGGAUGAUUUAUUAGUGUUUGCCAGGAACCUUUUCCUAGCAGUAAAAGCUUUGCCCUAACGUUAUUUCACACCUCGGUCACUCCGCAGACCCCACUGCAAGAGAAACCCGAUGCGUUUCAGCAAAUGUUUCUGGGUUUUGCUGAAGCUCUUGGUGUUUCUGUGGGUUUGCCACGAGAUGGCGAAACGAUCCCGCCUGGAUCCCGGCUGGGGAACGUGGGGGAGUUUGCAGAAAGCAACUGGAGUGGCCGUAAGCUCUUGGUCUGUCCUCCCAAAGCUGCUCUUUUUGUCUCCUGGUGUGUUUAGAUCUGUUCUAACAGCUUUUGUAUAUUAACCCAGUCGACAGCUUGAGUUUAUAGCAGAUUAGCAUUGGGAAAUGGUAGAUUUAAACCUCGGGGAUCUGUCACGGGAGUACUCCAGACCUUGAUCUGCUGUGCAGCAGGGGAGGGGGUGUCAGUGGGAAUGUCUUCUGUGUUGGCUUAAAAAUCAUUAUCUCUGCAGCAAGGCUUAGGAGUUGUUCAAUAUGUCCCCAAUGGGCAGCUCUGGGCAAAUCCUGGGUUUUGCCCUUUUGCCCUUUGGGUAUUUUUCUUAGCAUAGUUAGGUAAGGUCUAUCUUGAGUAAAAGGUGAAUUGAUUGAAAGAUCAAAUCACUGGUUUGUUGCCUGACUAUUCCGUUUCCCCUCCAGCUUCACACACACUUCUUCGAGUGUUUGCAAAUGCUGUAUUUGGGUUCUUGCACACAGUUCUGAAAUGUAAAUGUGGCUUCUUAUAAUAUCUUCCCUACUUGAAGACUCUCUUCAUGCAGAAUUGGUAUUGUUACAUUCUUCAGUAUUCCUGUUAUUGCUGCAGUGGUGCAGAGCUCAGAGAAUAAACUAUUUGUCUCUUCAGUCGCUUUGAGAUCCUUGGUUUGUUGUGCUAUUAAGUGCAAUGUUGGCCUAUUCCUAUUUUUUUUUUUUUGGUAAAUGGGGUUUGAAUGUUAUUCGUGCAUUGGCAGGACUCAGGUGCUUUGGAACUGCUGCACUGAGGAUGUGAGAGCAGCACCAGCCAGGUGUGCAAUUCCCUACAGAUAAUUCAGAUGCUGAAUUGGAGGUUGGAGGGGAAAAACCAACUGUGCCUGUGGUUGAAAUUAGCUAUGAUCAGUUUGUCCUGCCGGACUGUCAAGUUAUGUCGCUUUAUGAUUUCAAACGUAGUUAGGAUUCAUUUCCCCCAAAUCUGAGGACGUGGCUCUUGGGACGGGGAAGGGGAUGGUGCAGGCUGACGGAUGCAGCCCCAAAACGCCAUCGCCCCGUUCCAGCCGGGAGUGUCAUUUCUUGCCGUGGUGUGUGGACCUGUCAAGCUGUUUAGCUGCAAUAUGACAGAUUGUCCUAUUAAUGUGUCAUCAAGUGCACUUUUACAAAUUCAUGGCUUGUCUACAACUAACCUGAAAAAAGAGUCUUAAGUAUGAGAAGGCGCCAAAGAAAGUUAAAUAUUAUUAACAAAUAAAGUCUGCCACGUAGUUUUGAUGGAAUGUGAGCUAGUUGGGGGAGGGGUGAUAUGCUGUUAACUAUUUAGCUUCUGUAUAACUUCCCUUCUUACUCUCUCUUCUCUUUCCCAAACUCCAUUUCUCCCAAAAAGAUGCUUUAAAAAGAAAGACCUAUGUUCUGCUUCUUGAGUUUGCACUCAGAUUGUUCAUGCCUCAGUUUCCCCAAGCCAGGGAUAUGACAGAGCUGAUCCACGGUAAAGGGAUUAUUAAAGCAAAUCUGGUGCUUGCUGACUGCAUAAGGGAGUUCAGAUUAUGUGAUCAACCUUUUACCAUUCUUGGGCUUUCUCAUGGUACCAUCUCAGAUAAAUUUUGCAUUGCUCUGUUUUGUAGAAAGAAGAGGAAUAUUUGUUCUGCGUGGUGGGGAACUGACAAAGAUUUGCCGACUGUCCAAGUGCUUCAAGAUCUCCCUUCUGAAAUGCUCGUAGGAGAUGUGUAACCUUUGGGUUUCUGUUCUUUUUAAUAAACAGCCCACGCUCCUGUAGAGAAAGGAGCAAGCCCCCGUGGAGCCGGGCUCUGAGGAGAGCGGGGGGAGAGCGUUGUGUGGAGCAGAGCCGCUCGAGCCUGCAGCACGAGUUCCCAUGUAUCAACGUGUGGUGCGAUGCUGAGUGCGUAUUCCAAGCCACAUAUUUUUAGCUCUACCACACGCUCGUGUACAGUUUUACAAACUUCCCAGAAAAAUGGUGAUUUCUCGGAGAUAAUGAAGGGGAGGUACGGAACAGGGCUGAGGGGAGGGAGCAGGGAACGGGCAUUGAUUUAAAUCUGCCUGGCACACGGGCCAGCUCCACUUAUCAGUGAGUCUAAUAGGAAUGUGAAGAGAAUAGGCUUGACAGCUCAUUAGAAUGUGAUCCCUCCUCCUUUUUUUCCUCCUUUUUUUUUUUUUUUUUCCCUUUCUUGAAGUUGAUGGAAACUCAUUCAGGAAAGAAGUAUUUAUUUGCUGAGGUAAAGCAGAAGCUGAGGAGGGUUUUGCCAGGGUGCAGCUGAGGAAAGGAGCAGCGAGAAAAAUCAGAUGUGAUCUACACUCAGAGGUACCUGAAAUCUUGCCUAGUGCGAGGGGAGAUGAGGAUGAGGAAGACGUGAGAUUCCACAUCCUGACAGCUGCUUGCGGCAUCGGGACGUACUGCUCGUCAUCUCGCUAAAGAGAAGUGAAGAUAAACGCAGCUAAGGAGGGUGAGAAGCUAGACUUAGGACAGCUACCUGCUCCUAAUGGUCCUAGGUACAUCCCCAGACUCUUUGCUUCUCCCUGUUUUAACUUCUAUGAUAUGAGAAAUUUAUUUUCUCCUUAGAAGGCUGAGCACUUGGCUGAGCUGCGAUGCUUUCGGCUGCUUCAGAAGAGCAGCGGCUGUAGCAACCUUGGCUUCCAGUUCCCCAGCAUCUUGAAAGGAAAGGAUGAGGACUUGUCACUGAGGAAAGGGAAGCAUCAUCCACGAGAGAAUGGACGGAACACAUGCAAUCCUGCUUUGAACGGAACACAACGCUUCAGAUGACAGAAGGCGAAAUCUCCUGUUGAAGAGGAACAACGGAACAACUCCCCCAAUGAAUUUGUGUUGUCAGUUCCAGCCUGAGCAACUAUUGCCCUGAGCAAUUUGACUUCUCCAGGUUUCAUAAGAGAAGUCUGUGUCUACCCCUGUUAUUGGUGGUGAAGGUUUCUGUGCUUGGACAGUGCUCUUCCUGACUUGGCCCCUCCCUUUUCAAAAUGAAGGGCUGCACCUGGGUAUUUGUGGCAACUUUACUGUGUCAGCAGUUUUGCCUCUUCAGAGUUAUGGCAGCAAAGAGGGAGAGAAAGAUGAAGAAAGAACCUAAUCAGUACACAGAGCCUUUCAAUGCCACCCUCUCCAACAGUGAAGAAGUGCACGGGCAUCCCAAGAUCCUAGAAUCUCCGGAUCCUCGAAUCACAGAUCCACGGCGGACCUGGAUCUCCUUUGUUCACCGCCCAGAUGAUGGCAAUACCUCAAAAAAGAGAUGCAAAGGGAAAGACAAGAAAUUACGUGGCCUCGUUGGGCCCCCAGGACCCCCUGGUCCCCAGGGACCCCCAGGAGCACCUGGUGCCGAAGUCACCCGAGAAGUCCUUCUGCAGGAGUUUAAGGAGAUAUUAAAAGAAGCUGUUGAGCGUCGAGCAUCCCUGGCUCUCUCAGCCCACCCCACGCAGCUGCCUCCGCUGCUGCUCCCCUUGGAGGACGUGUCGCCCCACAGGCGUGUGGAGGAGGCAUUCCAUUGCAAGCUCAAAGGCCAAGUCAUCGUAGACAAGAAGACCCUGGUAGAACUUCAGAACUUCCAGUCGCCUCUGGCCAAAGGAGCUUUUCUCCGGGGGACAGGAUUAAAUCUGGCAACAGGCCGUUUCACAGCACCCGUGUCUGGCAUCUACCAGUUUUCAGCCAAUGUCCACAUUGACCACAGUGAGUUGAAGAGUAAAGUCCAACUCCGAGCCAGAGAUAACGUCCGAGUGCUGAUCUGCAUCGAAUCUCUGUGCCACCGAUACACGUCUUUGGAAGUCAUUGCUGGUCUGGAAAGUAACAGCAAGAUCUUCACUGUCUAUGUGCACGGUUUACUGCAGCUGCAGGCUGGCCAGUACACCUCCAUAUUUGUGGACAACAGCGCCGGAGCUCCUGUUACCAUUCAGAACGGAUCUGAUUUCAUGGGCAUGUUAAUGGGCGCGUAACAUCACCUACAGCGGCGUGGCAGGGAAGGAUGUGAAUUAGAGCCUUGCAAUGUAUAUUUGACCGAAGAAACUUUCCUUUGACUCUUGAAGACUCCUUCCUGUAACUGUUGGCAUCUUUGGAACAAGCCAAGAGCCUUUCCUGUCACACAUACUGCAGCUUUGCUUGCAGAGGCUUUGCAAGAUCCACACCAGUUCGUUCAUAUGCUUUUAUAAUUCAGAAACAAACUCUGUAAUAUUUAAUUUGUGCUUCACCAGAUGCUCACUGAACAAUUCACCGAGAUUUGGCAUUUGUUACAUUUAUAGCGUUAUUUCACAAUAGCACUUGUAAUCAGCAUGUCUUUUGGGAUUGAUCAUGGGGUGUCUGAGUUUGUAAAUGAAGGAUUGAGAAGGGAAGUAAAAUACUGACUAUAUUGUGUGUGUUAUGGAGGAAGGAGACAAGGAUUUGCCAGCAAAACUGCCUUUUCAGACAGUUGUAAAUGGUGCAGGCCCUCUCUCGCGUUCAGAAUUGGAUAUGUUUGACAAGAAGCAUGUUCUCAGACAGCGCCUGCUUCACAGAUGGGAAUCCAAGGUCUGAGCUCUCUCAUUGUGGUUCUUUAUCUCUAAGUAUUUCUUUGAUCUUAUUGACGAAGCCGAAUACCUCGCUGCCUGUGCAGUUUUGUUUUCAUGAAGAGGCCAAUGGCGCCAAUUCUAGCAGGAACUCCCUGACUUGCGUUCUUAUGUUUUAGUAAGAUAUACGUGCGGUUUUGGACGGCAUCGCAUAAACAGCAUCCUCACAGGUGCCACGUAAUCAUUUGUAAAAGUGUCAAACGCGUUACACUGCCUGAAAAACACAGCGAGCGGAGCGGCCUGGGAUCGGAUCUGUCGCCUGUUUGGUGCUUGUUGGACUGCGGUGAAAGGAAUGAAAAGGAAAGAAUCCACGGGGCAAGGCUUAAUUCAUCGGGUGGGCAGAGGGAGCCUGUUGCAGCUCUGCCUGGAGCUUGAAGGUGCCGUCAACGAUCAUCCAGUGAAUGCUUUCUGGAUUUCUACAACUCUGCGCAUGUCAGCACGUGAGGCUGAGCCCCCAGAGCAGCUUUGCCUACAGCUCCAGCCUGGAAACUCAUUUUAACAAAGUAAGAGGGUGUUGGCGUUUCAUGGGGUUGUUACCCAAGAUGUGGUAACAUCCUGGUGAUUAUAAAAACCCCACGCUCAUUUAAAUAUACCUCUGUAAUUUUCCCUUUCAACAGACACCCAGACCUUUAAUAAUUCACCUUAGCUAAAGAAAUGCUUGUAUAGCAGUGUCAGAAAUAAUAGCAAGGCCCAAAGCGGAGCCCAGAUACUUGUUCAUGAAUGUUUGCAGCAAAUAGAAGUUAUCCCUUGUAUAGUGUUGCAACUUUUGAUCAACUACACUAUCUUGGUGCAAUGAAAACAAAGACUGCUGAGGGCAGCAGAAGGCACGGAAGAAAUGCCACCUAUUGCUGGGUCUGCUGUUUGAGUUGAUCAAUCCGUGAUGUUUCUACAAGCUCCAGUAGCGCUGUUGGUGGGCUUGGUACGCAAAGACGUCUUAUUUCGAGAGCUGUGGAAAAACCUGCUGUAAAGCAGGCACGGCCGAAACUGUUUCAUCUCCAUUGUAAAUACCUUGAGAAAGACUCUUAAGGGAUGACUAAAUAGUAUAUUUUUUGUUUGUGAAGAACAUUGAAACGAUGCUUAUUGGAGGAGGAAGGAGAGAGCACGGGGAAUAACCAAGUAGUGCUGUUAUGCAAAUAAACACAGGUAAAUUCAAUGGGGUGCAGUUCUUCUAACUGGACCUGUGUGACUGUCUAAAAUAUAGCAGCUAUCAGUGCUUAUAUAUUAAUUCUCGCUCUGCAAUACAUGCCAGAAUUCCUAUGGAUUUUUUUUGUAGAAUGUGCUUUUAAGCAUCAAUCGAGUGUUAGGCUGGCAGAGGGGAAUCCACAGCUAUUGAAAAGCAGAGCUGGGGGCAACACUGAUCAUUCUGGAGCUUCAGAAGAUGUGUAACACACAUGGAUAUCACUGAACCCUCUCAAUGAAGGUUGGCUGUUCACACCAGGGUUUGGUGGAACAGGUGUAGUCAGGGCAAGUGGUCUAAAUCCCAGCAUGUAUUUCUAUCCCGAACUUUGUACCGUGUGAAUAUUUGUAAUAAAUCGGGCUGUUUCAUGCAUGACUUAGAGCAACAUAAUCCAGGUGUUGUGACAUUCAGCAUAUGUUGUUGUACCUGUAGGUUUUUUUUUGAACCAAGUCUCGCUGUUCUUGGUAAAUCGGAGUUAAAAUAUUUAUUUUGUUGUAGAACUAAAAAACGUUUGUCAGAGUUUGUUUCGGGA